UGGUCCCAAAGGUUGGUACUACCUGUUGUCAGUAAAACGUAAUUCAGGAAAAUCCAGGGAAAAUGUGUAUAAGGGCUGUUGUUUUUUUUUGUCAAUCAUAACUUUUCAUCCCUUUAUGGACGUAACAUACAUUAAUUACUCGUGGACAGUGUUCAAAAAAGCAAUUCACAUAGAAUCAAGUGAUAUUCUUGACUCCAACUUGCCCCCCUUUCCUUUCUAGACAUUUUAUUAUUACAAAAUCAUGGGAGAUUAUAAUGAUUCCUCUGCAUCAAGUUCUCUAUCCGGUGAUGAUGAGUCUGAGGCUACCUAUUAUGCAGAGAUAUUCCAGAGACUGCUGAGUAGAUACACCAACAAUAGAUUGCCUGUUUGUUAUGAUGCAAAUUCUGAUUACUACAGUGGAGGACCUCCCAAAUUGAAGCACAAACCCAAUACAAUGAAACUAGAUGCCAGUGAUUUCUACUAUUCAACCAAAUUGAAUACAACCAGCACAAAUAAACGACGAAAUUUGAGACCUGUACCAAACACUGCCUCUUUGCUAUCAAACAGAGAAAUUGGGCAGUUACCCAAUAAUCAUUUCUCUAGAGCCAGCAGGUGUCAAAUUUAUAAUAACUAUUUACCAAAUAAAAUGGAGAAAAUGGACACCUAUAGAGACAAAGUAUUCUGCGGGCAGUUUUCAAAAGAUGGAAAAUAUUUUAUUACUGCAGCUCAAGAUAAGCAAAUUCGUGUCUAUAAAACUGAUGGUGGAAAAUAUACACUGUUCAGGGAAUUUCAAGCCAGAGAUAUAGGGUGGAGUAUAAUCGACGUUGCAUUCAGUCCUAAUGGAGAGGAGUUUGUUUAUUCCACUUGGUCGACAACCUUGCAUAUAUGUUCAGUGAACGGCGAUCCGGAGAAACAAGAACCACUGUGCCUUUUAAAUAGCGUACGCCGCUUCUGUACAUUCUCGUUAUCUUUUAGUUCCGAUGGAAAGGAAAUCAUGGGUGGAGCCAACGAUGGAAUACUUUACAUUUAUGAUAGAGAAGCUAAGGCUACAACCGUGAAGAUUUGUGCCCAUGAAUUCGAUGUGAACAGCGUGGCGUUUGCGGACGACUCCUCGCAGAUUAUUUACAGUGGGAGCGAUGAUGGUUUAAUCAAAGUGUGGGAUCGAAGAACGUGGAUCGAUGAAAACGAUCCGAAACCAGUUGGAAUGUUGGCAGGUCACAUGGAUGGUAUAACGUACAUAUCUUCUAAGGGUGAUGGAAGACAUUUGAUUUCCAAUAGCAAGGAUCAGAGCAUAAAGUUAUGGGAUGUUCGCGUGUUUUCAAGUGAUUGCGCAGCUGAAAACACGUUGCGAGCUGUACACUCGCAGUCCUGGGAUUACAGGUGGCAAGGCGUACCGAAAAGACUGUAUAACACUAAGGAUAGACUGGAUGGAGAUACUUCUGUUAUGACGUACAGGGGUCAUAUAAUUACUAGAACUUUGGUGCGAUGCAAGUUUUCUCCUGUGGAAACUACAGGACAGAGGUUUAUUUACACAGGUUGUGGGGGAGGUAGGCUAGUCAUUUACGACGCAUUGACGGGAAAAAUUAAAAUGGACGAAAGGGAGCAUACAUCUUGUGUACGAGACGUUUCUUGGCAUCCGAGUAAAAAUGAAAUAUUAACUUCUUCAUGGGAUGGUAGUGUAGGUAGAUGGUAUUACUCAACCAAGGAGACAAGCAGUGAGAAGAGGAAAAGUCCGUUUCUAAGACGUAGCGAUAGGAUUGCCUCCAAGAAGAGACGAGAGCAGGAAGUGAAAUAGACUUAACGAAAUACAGAUGAUACGGAUUGUCGUGCAGAACAUGAAAUAAUAUUAUUUUCAUCCGUAAUAAUAUACAAGAUAUUGUUCUCCCAGAAAUGAUAAAAAGUUACCGAAUAGACUGUUGCUAUAUGUAUAUAUUAGUUGUUAAUAUUUUAACAGUGUUGCAAAUAUAUAAA